AUCCACGGUAUUGCGUCCAAAAACGACCCGGAAAAUAUCGAAUAUACCCCCUCCACCUCCAGGCCUCUCCCCUAGCCGCCGAGUGCUUAUCCUCCUCCCUUUUCCCUGCCCCUCUCGCGAUCCCCCGCCAGCGCGCCCCUCCGUCCACCCAACGGAAGCACCAGACGGAGGGGAUUCUCCUCUCCGACCCGGCGUCCGCCUCCGCCUCCUCCUCGGCUCCACCGGUGCGCGGCGGAGAUCCGCCCGGAGCCCGCCCGUCCAGGGAUUGACCCCCUUUGCUGGUAUAGAGGAAUAGCAGCUUCUGUGGUGCUGUAGCUUGCGUCUUCUCCUCGUCGUGGCAAUAAGAUCAAGAUGGGCGACGGGGUGGCUUUUGAGGCUGCCAGGAAGAUCAUCAUGCACCCGCUCUACGCGUCGAGGUCCUCGCCCUGGCUCGACCUCAAGGUGUUCUACGUGAGGGUCAGCAACUGCAUGGUGGACGAGUCCGCGCCGGACCAUCUCACGCUCAACCACAUCCCGCUGUCCCCCGACACGGUCAUCGAGGUCAACGGGCGGCGGAGCAGCAUGCACACCGAGUUCGUCUCGUCGUCCCUCAGAAGGGACAGGAUCGACAAGAAGACCGAGGAGGCCACGUACGUGAGCACGGAUAGCAUAAGGAUGACGGGGAGCGUAAGGUUCCAGGUGUUUGAUAAGAACGAUCUCUUGCUCACCGGGGACCUGGAGUUAUGCAAUGCCAAUGGUGUGGUCGGGGAACCGAAGAGCAGCAGCAAGAAAUGGAAUAUCAAGUGCCAAUCCUCGGCAUCGUCUAGUGGUUUCUUGAAGGGGAAGAUGUCCACGGGCCCAGACUCUGCGCAUCCUGUUGUCGAGGUUUACGUUGCUGGCACUUUCUCUGGCACGCCAAUUAUAUUAACCAAGACGGUCCAGUAUAUAUCACGGAGGAAGUCCCAGAUGAAACUGAAGCUGGACUCUAUCCCUGAGAAUGAAGCAACUGAACUACAUACAGAGAACUCACACGGGGACUCUGUGAAGGUAUCAGAAUUCUAUGAUCCCAAGUCUGAGACAGACGUGGACAUGGACUAUAACAGCUUGUACUCGAGGCAGGACUUUCUAGAGGGCGAGGAUGGUGAGCUUUCAUGGUUUAAUGCUGGCGUGCGGGUUGGAGUCGGGAUCGGCCUCGGCAUAUGCGUGGGCGUCGGGUUGGGUGUUGGCCUGCUGGUCCGGACAUACCAAGGCACCAGCAGGAACUUCAGGCGGCGACUGCCCUGAUGGCCAACGCUUCCCACAAGUAUAUAGGAAACUGACUGCCCAUCUUGCUGCCCAUGCUAGUGAUAGAUGAGCGAGGCCUUGUGUUCUCCCCUCCUGCAGCUUGUGUGCACUGCCAACCAUUUUUGUCCCUUUGAGGUAUGUAAAUGCGAGUAUGUAUAUGUAUAGUAAAAAUAAAAUAAAGAGUCGAGUCGGGUCGAGUCGCUUGAUGUUGCUGUGAGCAUUAGAUGGUUCUUUCUGAAUUAAAAAUGUAUUGAUGAAGGAACUUUAGGUGACCGGCAAGUGCAGUGUUUAGUCCUGAGGGUGAUGUUGCACCUAAGAACUGUUGCAAGCCAUGACUUGUUGUGCAGAGGGAACCUGAUUAGGUGGCCUGUUAUGUGUGUCAUAUGGUUUACUUUGAGCUUUUUCUCGAA